UAUUACUUGAGGUAACUCUUCGCUAGUUAGUACAAGUAAAAUUUAACUUUAACAAUUAGUGCACUCGACGGUUUGUUUUUAUUGCCGUUCAAAUUCGUCAAUAAAUCGCUGGUAGACUAGACUAAAACCAUGUGGGUCUUGGGAAAUCUGAACAUAAUAAUGGGACUCAUGGAGUCAUUGACAUCCAUGAUGCCCGAGUUUCCCGACGGUGCUAUUGUUAAUUACAACGUCAAUUCGCGAUCGCUUGUUGAACUCGAAAGAAUAAAUGCCGCCAAAGACGGUCGCUUUCCUGAUGAUUUCCUUUUUGGUGUUUCAACGUCUGCUUAUCAAACUGAAGGAGCUUGGAAUAUUUCCGGUAAAGGAGAGUCAAUAUGGGAUUACUUUACUCAUAAUUCCCCAGAAUUAGUCAUCGACAAAUCAAAUGGUGAUAUUGCUGCUAAUUCAUAUCAUAUGUAUAAAACGGACAUCGAUCUUGCUAAACAAGUCGGUUCAAAUGCCUUCAGAAUAUCGUUAUCGUGGCCUAGAAUUCUGCCAACCGGUUUCCCGAACUAUGUCAACGCCAAAGGUAUCAAGCAUUACAACAACGUUAUCAACGAAAUGCUCAAGAAAAAUAUAACGCCUGUUAUCACUCUGUACCACUGGGACCUACCCAAGGAAUUGAAUGAUCUCGGAGGCUGGACCAAUCCGCUGAUCGUUGACUGGUUCGUUGACUAUGCGAGGAUCGUUUUCCAAGCGUUCGGUGAUAGGGUAAAAUACUGGAUUACUGUUAAUGAACCCACAGUUUAUUGUGUUUACGGUUACGGAGGUAAGAUGGUGCCUUUUGUAAACCAUUCGGGUAUAGCUGACUAUUUAUGUGGGCAUCAUAUGUUACUUGCACAUGCAAAAGUAUAUAAAAUGUAUGAAAAUGAAUUUUCUCAGCAGCAGAAAGGUAAAGUGGGAAUAUCGAUAUCAAUACCCUGGGUAGUGGGUUCAAACCCAGAAGACGCCGAAGAAUCAGAAGGAGUUGAAAGAUGGUUCAGUUUCUUGGCCGCGUGGUUCCUUAAUCCGCUCUUUAGUUACGAUGGCGACUACCCGGAAGUUAUGAAAAAUAUCAUUAAGGAGAAUAGUCUGAAGCAAGGGUUCUCGCAGUCAAGAUUGCCGAAAUUUACGACCGAAGAAGUUGAGAUGGUUAAGAACUCGACGGACUUCUUGGGACUUAAUUUUUACCACGCGGUGAGAAUUGAGAAGUGGACUGAUUACGACGUCAAUACUACAGUGUCUUUCUUUGGGGACAUUGGUAUGCUGGAAGUGCCGGCUAAUGAACACGCGGCUGCUUUUAGUGAUCGCAGCACACCCUGGGCCUUUGUCGCAAUGAUCCAAAAAAUAAACAAAGACUUCAACAUCCCAAUGAUAAUGAUCACCGAGAACGGCUACUGGGACCGCGGGCAGCUCGCGGACAUUGGCCGAGCCAAGUACUACCACGAGCACCUCAGCGAGCUCCCGGGUCUCAUCGCCCAGGGUAUCAACAUCCGCGGUUACUUCACCUGGUCUCUGAUCGACAACUUCGAGUGGGCCGCCGGCUACACUCAGAAGUUCGGUAUUUUUUCCGUCGACUACACCGUCCCCGAGCGCACUCGCAUUCCCAAGAUUUCCACCAAAGUCAUCAGCGACUUCUACAAGACAAAAAAAAUUCCCCUCUUCCUCUGGUCGCUCAACGAGGUCGAGUUCGACAUCAACAUCAGUCAGUAAUUUGCCCAAAAAAAAUUACCCCACUCUCUAUCUGUAUCUCCGUACCAUAUAAAUUAAUUAUUUAAAAAUAAAUAUAUACAUAUAUAUACACAUCUAUAUAAUUUAGGAAUCAAACGACACGAGUCGUUGGUAAAGAAUCAAAGGUUAUUGUCCAAAAAAAAAUGAACGUCUCGCGUGUCAUGUGUCUCGUCUUAUAACGUCGUCAGGAUCAGAGAGCUACAGCCUAAUUAUACACGACAUAUUUAAUGAAUGAGCGAUCUAGAAAAGACAAGGGAGCUUUUAAGAACGCAUAUAAACCACGGUCAAUGCCGUGUACUGGGUACCAAGUGCCGGGUGCGACAUGCCGGGUCUUAUUUCUACAUCAAAGAGUUUUUAUUCUUUAUGGAUCUGUUUAUUCGCACCCUCAACAUUCUACCCGGCUUACAACUCACUCUCGCUCUGCCUUGGCUACACUGCGUUACAUACGAGUCGGGUAAGAAAUUAAUAGUGAGCAAGUAGUGAGUGGAUCGCUCUUGAUAUCGGUAUGGAGAUAUGGAAAAAUAAACUCGGGGUUAAGUUGCUGAUUUGGGUUGGGUUGGGUUGGGAUAAGGGAACCUUGAAUUUUUUAUUUUUUAUUCUUUAUUAUUAUUUUAAAGUCGAGUUUAAUUUUACCCUUGAUAAAGUUUAUGUUUGCGAUUGCGGAGGUUCAGUAGAUCGGGUACAGAUUUAGAUGAUGAACCGCGAACAAUAAUAUUGAUUUGAGGCAAGACGGAAUUUAGCUCUCCCGAGGUAAACAUCCCGUCGCACGUGCCAACAGUAUGUUGAGUACUUUUUUUUUUUUUUUUUUUUCGUUUACUUUUACUUCACAUUGUACUCGCGGUUUUACUAUUAUUAUUGAUUUUUUUUUUUUUUUUUUAAGUAAAUUAGGCCACAAAAUUUUGGAAAUAUAUAAAAUAUACGAUGGAAUAUUUGUACUAAAAAUUUAAUUUGGUAAUUAAUUAUAAUUAUAAAAUAAAUAAUUUUGCAAUUAAACUGACGUUAAUUAUUAUUUUUAUUUUUUUU